GCCCACACGUGUGGUCUGGUGAACUGACCGCCGCCGGAUUCCGAAUGAUCCAACGGUGCCGUUGGUGGCGAAAUACACAGUUGCCGAAAAUGGGUUUGAGAAUCCUGGAGCUAUGGAAAGCAAGUGCGAUGAUGUUGGAAACCCCGAAGGGAUGGCGCCGAUUCUACAGCUCAAAUUCGAAGGCGGUGGACUUGAAAACGCUAAAGCCAAUGAUUAUGGAGAAGAUUCGGAACCGGGCCAAUGAUUAUCCGGUCAAAGCCACGGCGGUUUUGGCCCAGGAAACCCUCAACGCGCGAGGUUUACUCUACCGCGGCGUCUCCGAUCUCCUCCGCCAUUUGCCCGUCUGGACGUGCAAAUACUGUCCAGAAGUGUAUGUUGGGGAGAGUGGCCAUUUGAUUCGAACUUGUGGCGGUUAUCGAAGGCAGGCUGCAAAGAUCAAGGCUCAUGAAUGGAUCAAAGCAUGCUUGAAUGACAUUCUGGUUCCUGUGGAAGCAUAUCAUAUUCAUGUGCAAAACACAGUUCAUAAUGUCACCAAACCCCAAGAAAGAUUUGGUCAGGACAGAAUCCCAGCAAUUGUGGAACUGUGCUUACAUGCAGGAGCCAAUCCAAGUGAUCAAAGUGCAUAUAUGGAAUCAAGAACUGGUUUCGAACUUGCAGAAGCUCCAUCUGACAAGGAGAUGAAGCUGGUGGCAAUAGAGACACUAAAGGCAUGGGAAGCACUUAGAAAUGGAGUUCAGAAGCUGCUAGUGGUGUUCCCAGUAAAGGUCUGCAAACUCUGCUCAGAAGUUCAUGUGGGACAACAUUCUGGGAACAAGGCUCGAAUCUGCAGAAUACAUGAAAGUUGGCACGAAGCUCACCUUUGGAAGAAGGCGGGAGUGGAUGAUUUGGUUCCUGCAAAGAGAGUCUGGUACCAGAGACCCCAAGAUCCUCCAGUACUCGUGGAUGAAGGUCGCAACUACUAUGGACAUUCUCCAGCCGUUAUAGAUAUAUGUGUUAAGGCAGGCGCAAUCGCCCCAUCCAAAUACUUUUCCAUAAUGAAAGCUGAUGGAUUAUCCUCGCCUAUCUGAGUCGAAUACAAUGGCAUCUUUGUGUUCUUGGCUAAAUGCAGUUUCUUGUAACACAAAUGUACAACAUUCUAUUCUCUGCUAUAAAGGAUUUCAGUUAUGGCACUUG